UCCACUUAACUUUAUGUUAUUUUCUAUUUUAUCACGAGGGAAAGUAUAUUCAUGCCGGCCGUUUUAUAUCAAAAGUCUGCCGAACACACCAUCCUCUCACUUUCUCACAAAACCUGAGUGUCUAGCUCCAAUGCUCCAUUGCUUGUGCGGCCAUGGGAGCAAUAGCAAAACCCUUGCAGUCACGGACUCUGGGAACCAAGCUUUGGGUCCUCUCCAUUUUGGAGUUCAUGUUUUACAUGGCAGGUGGCUGCGUUGUCGAGGAGCGGACUGCUCUUAUGCGCAUCAGAUCAUCGUUGGUGGAGGCGAACAGCUCGAGAGCUCCUCCUGCUUCAUGGGGACAGAGCGAUGACUGCUGUUCCUGGGAAAGGGUCACAUGCAACAACAGCACAAGAGUAUCGGCGCUCGACCUCUACGAGAUUUAUGUUAUCCAGUCAAACUACAGCACUGAAGAAGAUCAAGCAAACUUUGGAGCUGAGGGUGGAUGCUGGAAUCUCAAUCUGACGAUCUUGUCCUCGUUUCAUGAGCUCUUAGUGCUGGAUUUAUCUUGGAAUUCCGCUUGUCUUCGAAAUUUUGAUGGUCUGCAAGGAUUGGCUAAACUUCGGUACGUGGACCUCAGUUUUAACAGUUUGAUUGGGAGUAACAUCUUUGAAUCUCUCGGGGCUUCUAUUGAAGUUAUAGAUAUUUUGUCGAGCAAUAUGAGCGGUGCUAUUCAGGAUUCAGCUUUCAGUAAUCUCAAGAACCUGCGAGAAUUGUAUCUAGGACACAACCAAUUGCAUGGAAGCAUCCCAGCUUCCUUGUUUGAGCUUCCACACCUUGAAUAUUUGGAUCUUUCAGGAAAUCUCCUACGAGGGCUACCUAGAAACCCAAGUUUGAAUCUCUCAUCUUCACUUCAAAUUCUCAAGUUAUCAGAAAAUAAUUUGCAUGGGACAUUUUAUUUCUUUUGGCUACGGAACUGCGCCAAGCUAAUGGAUGUAGACCUAUCAGGGAAUGCUGAUUUGGCUAUUGAUGCAAAAUUCCAUAGAAUUGUGCCUCCAUGCCAACUUAGAGCACUAGUGCUUUCUGGAUGUAACCUUGACAAUAACACCGUUGCAGGACCAAAUUUUCUUAGCACACAACAUCAUCUUCAAACUCUUGAUCUGUCCAAUAACAACUUGACGGGAAGUAUUCCCACUUGGAUCCUUGAAAACGAAGCGACUCUUCUUUAUCUCAAUCUUGCAAAUAACUUGUUAGUAGGAUCAUUGGAUCUGAUUUGGAAACAACAACCUAAUAUCAGAUUGAUCAACAUAUCUAUGAACCAUUUUGUCGGACAACUGCCGGCAAACAUCAGCUCAGUGUUUCCAAGUCUAGAAGUUCUAGAUACUUCUUAUAAUAACAUUUCUGGAGACUUGCCACCAUCACUGUGCAAGAUCCAAAACUUGACAUUUGUGGACCUGUCAAACAAUAAACUCACAGGGGAGGUGCCAGCUUGCUUAUUUACUGCCACACUAUUAAUUUUGAAGCUCUCGAACAACAAUCUUGGAGGUCCGAUACUUGGUGGGGCUAGUAAUUUGUCCACUAUGAUAGAAAUAUACCUUGACAGCAACAAUUUUGAAGGAACAUUUCCUAACAAUCUAUCAGGAAAUCUGGAAUUCAUGGAUUUACAUGAUAAUAACUUGUGUGGCAAACUUGAUGUGUCUUUUUGGAAUCUUCCUUGGUUGCAAGUUUUUAGUGUUUCUACCAAUAACUUAAUUGGUCAAGUUAAUGCAGCAAUUUGCAACUUGACUAGUCUUGAGUUUUUGGAUAUGUCGGACAACAACUUUGCAGGGUCUUUACCAAAGUGUGGCAGCAAGUUAAGACUAAAGUUUCUGAACAUGUCGACCAAUACUCUAUCAGGCUUCCCAGGUGUUUUUCUUAAUAGCCCCAAUAUUAUAGCUCUAGAUCUAAGAUAUAACCAGUUCAAGGGCAGUCUUGAUUGGACACAACACCUUCCUCAAAUAAAGCUCCUUUUGUUAGGUGGAAAUAGAUUUGAUGGUCAGAUCUCUUCAAACUUGUGUCUUCUCCAGCACUUGAGUAUCAUUGACUUCUCACACAAUAGACUUUCGGGUUCAUUACCACCUUGUAUUGGUGGCAUCCCAUUCGGAUACCAUGGGGAUGACGACGACAUCUUUUGGGUCUCGGUCGGUCAGAGCACUACAAUGUAUUUCCCUGUUCCAGGUUUAGAUGGUCCGCCUUUCAUGUAUCCUUAUUUUUAUGAUCUUCAAGGCUUCACCUUCUCCACUAAAGGGAGCAUUUACACGUAUGGUCAUAAUUUCUUCAAUCUAAUGUCCGGCAUUGAUUUAUCUGCCAACAUGCUAUCGGGAGAAAUCCCUUGGGAGAUAGGGAAUUUGAUCCAUGUCAAGUCGCUCAAUUUCUCACACAAUUUCUUUACCGGCGGAAUUCCAGCUACAUUUGCAAACAUGGGCGCCAUAGAAAGCCUGGACUUGUCGAACAAUAGGUUGAGUGGAUCAAUACCUUGGCAAUUGACCCGGCUUUGGUCACUGGAGGUGUUCUCUGUGGCGUACAAUAACUUGUCAGGGUGCAUACCGAGCUCUGGUCAGUUCAGUUCAUUCAGCGCAGAGAGUUAUGUGGGUAACCUGAACCUUUACAGUGUAUCACAGGAGAAUGGGUGCUCUUCCACUCCAGGUCCUGUGGAAGUAGAAUAUGUGGAGGCAUCUGACGACCCAAUCCUUUAUAUCAUCAGUGCAUCAUCCUUCGUAUUGGCAUCCUGGGCCACUGUCGCGUUCAUCUUCUUCCAUUCGUCCGGUCAACAUGUGGUGCUUCAACUGUAGACGCAUCACAACUUCCAGGGGCUCUUUUUUUGUUUUUGCUUGCUUCUAGUUAUGUGCAAUCUGCAAUGAUAAUGUCACAGAUGACCGAACUUGUUGAGAUUUCUUUUCUGUUUCCGUAAGUUGUUAUGUGUGACAAUGAAGUCACAGAUAAUAACAAUGAAGUCACAUUUGCCUGGUAUUGUUGUUAUGUAUGAAUCUUU